AUGUCCAAGAAGGGUGGCAGCAGCCGAACCAAGGGGGAGAAGUCUGAUGCCUUAGCCGCCUUGCAAGCUGCCAAUGAGGACCUCCGGGCCAAGCUCACAGACAUCCAGAUAGAGCUACAGCAGGAGAAGAGUAAGGUCAGUAAGGCCGAGCGGGAGAAAAACCAGGAAAUUCGGCAGGUGAAAGAGCACGAGCAGCAUAAAAACACCGUGCUGGUGACGGAGCUCAAAGCCAAGCUCCACGAAGAGAAGAUGAAGGAGCUCCAGGCAGUGCGCGAAGCGCUGCUGAGACAGCACGAGACCGAGCUGCUGCGCGUCAUCCGCAUCAAAGACAAUGAGAACCAGCGGCUCCAGGCGCUGCUCAGCGCGCUCAGGGACAGCGCUCCCGACAAGGUCAAAACCGUGCUGAUUUCCGAAGCGCGGGAGGAGGCCAAGAAGGGCUUUGAGUUCGAGAAGAUUAAAAUGCAGCAAGAGAUUUCGGAGCUCAAGGGAGCCAAGAAGCAAGUUGAAGAAGCCCUGACCAUGGUCAUCCAGGCCGACAAGAUCAAAGCUGCCGAAAUCCGGAGUGUGUAUCACCUUCACCAGGAGGAAAUUUCUCGAAUCAAGAGAGAGUGUGAAAGAGAGAUCCGCAGGCUGAUGGAGGAGAUAAAGUUUAAAGACAGAGCAGUCUUCGUGCUGGAGAGAGAGUUAGGGGUCCAAGCCGGGCAUGCUCAGAGACUUCAACUCCAAAAAGAGGCUUUAGAUGAACAGCUAUCUCAGGUCAAAGAGGCCGAUCGGCAUCUGGGCAGCCCCAAACGAGAGCUUCCUUAUGGCAGUGGUGCAGGAGACGCCUCAGACCACUCAGGAAGCCCUGAACAGCAGUUGGAUGAGAAAGAUGCCCGGCGCUUCCAACUUAAAAUUGCUGAGUUAAGUGCAAUCAUUCGGAAGCUGGAGGACCGCAAUGCUCUGCUUUCCGAAGAGAGAAAUGAACUGCUGAAGCGCCUAAGGGAAGCAGAAAGUCAGUAUAGACCCUUGCUAGACAAAAACAAACGCUUGAGUCGGAAAAAUGAAGAUUUGUCCCAUGCUUUGCGAAGAAUGGAAAACAAACUGAAGUUUGUAACACAAGAGAACCUAGAAAUGAGACAGCGAGCUGGAUCAAUCAGAAGGCCAAGCUCCUUAAAUGACCUUGACCAGAGUCAGGACGAAAGAGAAGUGGACUUCUUGAGGAUGCAAAUGGUGGAGCAGCAGAACCUGAUAGAUGAGCUGUCCAAGACCCUCGAGACAGCAGGAUAUGUGAAGAGUGUUUUGGAACGUGAUAAACUUUUAAGAUUCAGGAAGCAGAGAAAGAAAAUGGCCAAGCUCCCUAAGAAGCCAGUCGUGGAGACGUUUUUUGGAUAUGAUGAAGAAGCAUCCUUAGAGUCUGACGGUUCUUCCAUCUCCUAUCAAACAGACAGAACAGACCAGACUCCCUGCACGCCAGAUGAUGAUUUGGAGGAGGGUAUGGCCAAAGAAGAGACAGAGCUGAGAUUCCGUCAGCUGACCAUGGAAUACCAGGCUUUGCAGCGUGCCUAUGCCUUGUUGCAGGAACAAGUGGGAGGAACCUUGGAUGCAGAGCGAGAAGUUAAGACUCGUGAGCAGCUUCAAGCAGAAGUACAGCGCUCCCAAGCACGAAUAGAUGACCUGGAGAAAGCCCUGGCUGAGCAAGGACAGGACAUGAAAUGGAUAGAAGAGAAGCAGGCUCUCUAUCGCAGAAAUCAAGAACUCAUCGAAAAGAUAAAGCAAAUGGAGACAGAAGAAGCACGACUAAAACAUGAUGUCCAGGAUGUGAAAGAUCAAAAUGAACUCUUGGAAUUCCGGAUCUUGGAGCUGGAGGAGCGGGAAAGGAAAUCCCCUGCUAUCAACUUUCACCAUACACCUUUUGUGGAUGGGAAAAGCCCCCUGCAAGUUUACUGUGAGGCCGAAGGCGUCACGGAUAUCCUUGUGGCGGAGCUAAUGAAGAAGCUGGACAUUUUGGGGGAUAACGCCGUAAGUAAUUUGACCAAUGAAGAGCAAGUCAUUGUCAUCCAAGCAAGGACAGUACUGACCCUGGCUGAGAAGUGGCUCCAGCAGAUAGAAGUGACUGAGUCUGCCCUACAGCAAAAGAUGGUGGAUCUGGAGAAUGAGAAGGAGUUAUUUGGCAAACAGAAGGGCUAUCUGGAUGAGGAACUGGACUACAGGAAACAAGCACUGGAUCAGGCACACAAGCAAAUCCUAGAGCUGGAGGCCAUGCUCUACGAUGCCCUGCAGCAGGAAGCUGGGGCCAAGAUGGCAGAGAUCUUGUCAGAGGACGAGAGGGAGAAGCUAAAGGUGGCAGUGGAGCACUGGAAACGGCAGGUCAUGAGUGAGCUGCGUGAGCGGGAUGCUCAGAUCCUAAGGGAGCGCAUGGAGCUGAUUCAGCAUGCCCAGCAGAGGAUAAAAGAGCUAGAAGAGAGAAUUGAAGCCCAAAAAAGACAAAUUAAGGAACUGGAGGAAAAGUUUUUAUUUUUGUUUUUAUUUUUCUCCUUAGCUUUCAUCCUCUGGUCAUAG